AUGGCGGCGCCCUUGGGCGCGCUGGGACCCGGCGAGGCCGCGGCGGCCGCGCGCGCCCUCUCGCUGCCGGCCGAGGCGUACGGCAACGACCCCGGCGUGGAGGCGCUGUGGGCCGCGCGCGCCGCCCAGCACGCCGAGGUCUACUACAACCUCAUCUCGUCCGUGGAGCCGUCGCGGCUGCGCCUCACGCGCCUCGACGAGCGCAUCUACGGCGACUUCCGCCGCCUCUUCGGCGGCCUCCGCGUCGACCGCCUCGACCCCGAGGAGCUCAAGUCGGAGGCGGCCAAAGCGAAGUGGCGCCCGUUCUGCCUGCAGUUCGAGGGCCUCGUGGAGGACUUCAACUUCGGCACGCUGCUGCGCCUCGACUGCCGCCACGGCUACACCGAGGAGAACAGCAUCCUCGUCACCAGAAUCCAGUUUUUCGCCAUUGAAAUAGCCCGGAACAGAGAGGGCUGUAAUGACGUGGUCUACAACCGCACCGGCAAAGCAGCAGCGACUGAAGCAGUGGGAGGAGAGUCUGCGUGAGGCCGGGGCCGCGCUCGGGCCCCGGGGGCUCCACGUGAGGCCGGGACAGCGCUCGGGUCCCGGGGGCUCCACGUCCACGUGAGGACAGGGCAGCGCUCGGGUCCCAGGGCUCCACAUAAGGCUGGGGCAGCGCUCGGGCCCGGGGCUCCACGUGAGGACGGGGCAGCGCUCGAGGCCAGCGCUCUGUGGCUGCACAAGUCGAGACCCCCGCAGGGGAGACCCUUGCAGCCCCCGGCAGAGGCUCCCCCAGGCCUGAACGCGCAUCCUCAGAGCUCAGGCUCCGGUCGCAGGUUGUAAAUAAACCUCUGAAAAAAUCCUUUGUGCCCCAAGAGUUAAUAGCCCCAAGACAGUUAAAAGAAAGCGUGGGGUAAAGGGUCCACGUGCCGAGUACAGGCGAGGCCCAGAUGGACACGGCUCAGUAGAAACCAUUGAAGUU